AUGAGAAGUUCCAGUAUCAAAAACAUCGAAAUAUCAAAGUAUCUGGGCAUUCCAAUCGGUUCAUCUCUGCCGCCGCGCUUUAGACUCAUUUGCUUUUGGCGAUAUGGGGCAAGCACAAGUGACCUUCACAUCGUUCUGAGACCCACAGCAUGUUCAAAUGUCGCGUUACAAUCUUACAACUCUUCUUCCACGGGACUUCAAACACCAACGGCUAACUCCGCCCGAAUCGUGCACUUGUUGUCAACUCCUAACGCCGGACCAGCGCCGUCUUUGCGACUGGUUUUGCAGACCGUUCGAUCACUUCUCACGUCGCUCGAGUCUGAGGUUCGACCGAGAAAAAACUUCGAGGAGUGCGAUUACCCGGCUACAAUCACAAAGACCAUGGCUCCUCGUGGUCUGAGAAAAAAAUUUUUUUUUUUAUUGCGGUGUCCGCGAAGCGAGAAAGGAAACGUUAGGAGAAUCCAAACAAAAAAUCUCCCUCGUGUCGGCCGCAUACACAAGCAAAUUCAGCGCAUUCACGCACAAAGCUGGGCCCUUAGCAGUGAAACGAUAAGCAAGCGUCUUCAAGACAGAGCUUACGUCCAGGAAGCUCAACCAUAA